AUCUGCUGCCUUCUAUCCCACCAGAAGCCUCAUGUUGCCUCCUUGUCGAGGCACUUCUCUUACAUUUUUUAUUGUGUCUCGUUCCUAAGUUCCUCCAGUUCUACAACGAACGAGAAAACAGAUGAAAGCUUGAGAUCCAUGUCUAUCAACAUGGAGAACGCCAUGGCCAAUGUCGACCUAGGACGUUAUCGACGGAUCGUGCAGAUGUUCUGGGAUCCAGAACCUACCAACGAUGUUGCCCACGAUCACCCAGUCUGGUGUCUUGGACGCUCCUACAAGCUAAGCGACAAGAAAAACUCAAAGUCCGAUGAACACAAUCCCCAGACGCCGCCCCCAGCACCAAAGUCGGACACCGAAGAUCAGGAUACAGCUCGAUCGCCCAACAUACCGACAAAUGCCCCAGAAACCCCACCAGAAUCAAUAUCGAGCAGUUUCUCAUCAUCACUGGCAUAUGACGACCAGUCGAAUGACGGUGGAUGGCCAUCUGGCUUCAUAACCGAUUUUGAAUCAAGGAUAUGGAUGACUUACAGAUCCGAGUUCGAUCCCAUUCCUCGUUCCACGAACCCCCAAGCCACAUCUUCACUGUCACUGUCCAUGAGACUCAAGAGCCAACUAGGGGAUCAAAGCCCAUUCUCAUCAGACAGCGGAUGGGGAUGCAUGAUUCGGUCUGGUCAAAGUUUACUUGCAAACACCAUCGCACUCGUUCGCCUCGGGAGAGACUGGCGUCAGGGACAAUCACUAGAAGAAGAAUGUCGAAUCCUCAAAGAUUUCGCCGAUGAUCCAAGAGCUCCAUACUCAAUCCACAGUUUUGUCCGACAUGGUGCCAGCGCGUGUGGCAAGUAUCCAGGUGAAUGGUUUGGUCCAUCAGCAACAGCCCGCUGUAUCCAAGCAUUGGCGAACUCACAUGAGCCCUCAAUCAGGGUAUACUCCACUGGCGAUGGGCCUGAUGUCUACGAAGAUGACUUUAUGAAAAUUGCGAAUCCAACCGGCGAAGCCUUCCACCCCACGCUUGUAUUGGUAGGAACUCGGCUGGGAUUAGAUAAGAUAACUCCCGUCUAUUGGGAAGCUUUGAUUGCAGCUCUUCAGAUGCCGCAGUCCGUUGGUAUCGCAGGAGGCCGUCCAUCCUCAUCCCAUUACUUCAUCGGCUCGCAAGGUUCCUUCCUAUUCUACCUUGAUCCUCAUCAUACAAGGCCCGCCCUCCCCUACCACGAGAACCCGAUGGAUUACACCAGCGAAGAGAUAGAAUCGUGUCAUACUGCUCGACUGCGCCGCAUCCAUGUCCGCGAGAUGGAUCCUAGUAUGCUGAUAGGUUUUCUGAUUCGAAGCGAGGAGGACUGGCAGGACUGGAAGCGUAGCGUGAAGCACGUUCAAGGCAAGUCGAUUAUCCAUGUGGCGCAGCGAAACGCAGUCCACGGAGGCUCAAGCGAGGGCCGCGAAGGCGCAAUUGACGAAGUUGAGACGCUAAGUGACGAUGAUACGGAUACCAUUCAGGAGGCCUAGAUUGGUUAUUGGGCCCGGCGUUUUUUUUUUGGCUGUAAUUUCCUGCACCCCAUAAUGAUUGGCAGGACCAGGCGUUACGUCGGGAUAGACAUUGAAUUCGAUUUGAAUGACACUCCUUAUCACGAUAUUGUCGUUUCAGGCUGCGUGAUACAACGCGUUAUUCACGCGCUGUCUGUUGUCUGAUGUUACCUGCCGAGUGGUGAUAUGGCCGAAUGCAAUAUGCAUCUCGUGUGCGUUAGAUCCUUAAUCACCUCUUCUUCUUGCCUCCACCAGUCACUGAUUUUAGUUCCGCAUGUCCUUCCUCUCGAAUAUGGACGAACAGCCUGGUUCUAGAAGUGAAAGUCUCCCCACAAACUCCGCACCGUGGCUAUGAACUGUUGUCAGCUU